GCACAAAGAUGGCGGCCGCGCCCGGGAGGAACCGGAAGCGCGGUCUGGCAGCGGCGCGGGUCCGGGGCAGGCGCGAGAACGCGCGGGCGGCGCGGGUCCGGGCAUGAAGCUGGGCCGGGCCGCGCUGGGCCUGCUGCUGCUGGCGCCUUUGGCGGUGCGGGCGGUGGAGCCCAUCAGCCUGGGACUGGCCCUGGCCGGCGUCCUCACCGGCUACAUUUACCCGCGCCUCUAUUGCCUCUUCGCGGAGUGCUGCGGCCAGAAGCGGAGCCUCAGCAGGGAGGCGCUGCAGAAGGAUCUGGACAGCAAGCUCUUUGGACAGCAUCUUGCAAAGAAAGUCAUCCUGAAUGCUGUGUCUGGCUUCAUAAGCAACCCGAAGCCGAAGAAACCUCUCACGCUCUCUCUGCACGGGUGGACGGGCACCGGCAAAAAUUUCGUUAGCAAGAUCAUCGCGGAGAAUAUUUACGAGGGUGGUCUGAACAGUGACUACGUCCACCUGUUUGUGGCCACACUGCACUUCCCACACGCCUCCAACAUCACCCUGUAUAAGGAUCAGUUACAGUUGUGGAUUCGUGGCAACGUGAGCGCCUGUGCAAGGUCCAUCUUCAUAUUCGAUGAAAUGGAUAAGAUGCACGCUGGCCUCAUAGAUGCCAUCAAGCCUUUCCUCGACUAUUAUGACCACGUGGAUGGGGUCUCCUACCAGAAAGCCAUCUUCAUAUUUCUCAGCAAUGCGGGGGCAGAAAGGAUCACAGACGUGGCUUUAGAUUUCUGGAGAAGCGGAAAGCAGAGGGAAGAGAUCAAGCUCAAAGACAUGGAACCGGCCUUGUCUGUGUCAGCCUUCAACAACAAGAACAGUGGCUUCUGGCAUAGCAGCUUAAUUGACCGAAAUCUCAUUGAUUAUUUUGUUCCCUUCCUCCCCCUGGAAUACAAACACCUAAAAAUGUGCAUCAGAGUUGAAAUGCAGUCCCGAGGCUUUGAAAUCGAUGAGGACAUUGUAACCAAAGUGGCUGAGGAGAUGACAUUUUUCCCCAAAGAGGAGAGAGUUUUCUCCGACAAAGGCUGCAAAACUGUGUUCACCAAGUUAGAUUACUACUACGACGACUGACUGCUUCGAGUUGGAGGAGAGGGAACUCGGCGCUUGGCCCCGUGCCCUGGAGGAGGACAGAGCACAUGCUUCCUGCUGGACCGAACGGGAACCUUCCUGAGCAGUUUUCAUCCAUCGGGGCCUCCGGGCGUCACCCCCUACAGAUCACGGACCUCGGAACAGCCCCAGAGCCUUCCGAGGCGGUGGCAGCGGCCAGCUCCCCGUCCACUCGUACGAGGGCUCAUGAUUUUUUAAAAAAUCAUGUUUUAAUUUCAAGUGUUUCUGUUUCAAGGAAGGAUGUCUAAGUUUUACUGAAAAUGUGGUAACUUUAUUUAAAAUGUUUUUAACCUUA